AUGUCCUCCGCCGGCGACGGAGGAGACGGCGUCGCCGCCGACGAGGUGGUCCUGGAGAUCACCGACUCGUCAUCCCACUCCACCACCUCCACGCCGCCACCUCCUCCCAUCCCCGUCUCCGCCCUCGCCGCCCCCCUCCCGUCCCCGACCGUCGCGGUUCGCGCCGACCGGAGCAGGCUCAUCGAGAGCUCCUCCUACUUCCGCGCCCUCCUCGGAGGCAGCUUCAGUGAAUCGGGCAGCGGAUAUGUGCAGAUCAGCUGCAACCUCGACGCCGCCGUGCAAGUCCUCCGCUAUCUGUUCGAGCCUCCCGCGAUCACGCAUGAGAAUUUCCUCCCGCUGCUGGAGGGUGCUUUGUUUCUCGCUGUUGAGAACCUUCUAGUGGACUGUGAAAGAUGGUUCAGGGCUAUGGGAUCUCACAGUUCUUUCAUGUUGGUCCCACUGGAUUUCAUAAUCGAGGUCUGGUACUUUGCUCAAACGCACGGGGUUAAUUUUGUUCAAGACGUAUGCCCAGGAUAUCUAGCUCAGAAUUUUGUACAGGUUAUUUCCAGUAGAUCGAUUGCUCGAAUACCUUAUGAUCUUCUGUGCUCUACCAUUGAAUGCCCUCACUUGACUGUGGAUAGUGAAAAGCAAUUAUGUGAAGCAAUUUUAUUUUGGCUUUCCGCAAGGAUUCGACCCUAUGAACAAUUGGUCCCCAACUCAGCAGAUAGCCAACUCUUUCUUCUUAGCAAGGUUAGGGUAUGCCUUCUACCUUUGGGGUGUGCGGCAGGGAUAAAAAGAAACUGGGUUGAAUUUGGGAACAGUGCGGUAUGUAUGAUUCUUAAUCUUCUCAAGGACAGUUUGCAAGCCCUGCUGGGUACGGAUGCUGACGACAGCUUGAAUAGUUAUCGUAUUCGAAUAACAGAAUAUUCCAAGAAAAUUGUACUUUCAGGAUGUCCCCAGUUAACUACCGAAUUCUUGUACAUAUCAGUGCUCCCCACUGAUCUGGAUGCUAUAUUUAAGAGAAGGUUAGCAAGUUCGUAUAGCCAGGGUCACUCUGGAAGUUUUUCACUUUAUGUUGAACUGGUGAAGAAGGCUAAAACCGUCUCAUUUCCAAAUGUACACAUGGUGGAUCUCUCGAAAUGUCCAAAUUUACAUUUUGGUGCAGCAAUUGACUGGCUGACGUUGGCAUUUCCAGAACUGAGAACAUUCCGAGCUUCCCAUUGUUUGCUCUUUCAGUUUGAAGAUUUGCAAUACCUGUUACUGACAUGUCCAUGGAUUAAAGAAGUUGAUUUGAGUAUUGAUUUGAGCAUUAUACUACCUAAGUACUUGAUUAUAUCUUCUAGAUUUGAAGCACGGAGUGAAAUGAAUCGAAAUAUGUCUAGCUACUACAAGCAAAGUCCAUACAGGAAACCAAUAUACCCAGUUUUCUCAAAAGUAUCAAAACUGACACUGGAAGGCCGAAAUGAUAUUACUGACAAUAACUUAGCGGAGAUAUCCAUGCUGGACAAAUCGCUAUGUUAUAUAAACAUUAAACAUUGCACCCUGUUAACAGAUGAUGGCAUAUCUAAACUACUGCUUAAUUGUACCAAGAUCCACUCAAUGGUUCUUUCUUAUACUUCUUUCGGAAAUCAGUCGAUUCAAACGCUAUGCUCGUUGGAUUACUUGGAUCCCUUUGACAGCUUUCCUUACCACAAGGAUGAAGGUCCUUAUGCUAUGGCAUCUAGGUUGCAAGAAUUGCAUUUGGAAGGAUGUAAAGGUAUUUGUUGUGCUGGUAUGUCCCAGCUAGUGAGUAAUUUGAAUAUUGUGAAGUCCUUAUGCUUAAGGCAGACAUCACUUACAGAUGGCGCUCUCUGCAGCUUUGUUGGCUCUUCUCUUGAGUAUCUUGAUAUUUCAGAGACUGUGGUUUCCAUGGUCUCAUUGGCACCAAUUAUAAGGAGAAGUUCUAAUUUGUGCUGCUUGAAAACUACUGGAUGUCGCAACCUGCUGUCUGAACAUGGUGAGGUACAGUCCGUGAAUGGUAACAAGUAUGGCAGUUUUCUUCAGGAGAUAACCAGUACUUGCUGUUUGGAGGAUGUUGAAUUGGGCUGGGCAUUUUGUCCUGUUCGAAUAGAUGACCUUAUUCCUUCUUUUAGUAAAGUAAGGAAGAUGACAGUUGGUCUUGGCACAACAAUACCAGAGAAUAUCCUGCAUGCCCUUCCUGAGAUUUGCCCGUUUCUCGAGUCAUUGGUUCUUAGAUUUCAGGUAAUCUCUAACAGUGUUCUAAGGAAUCUACUAGAAUCCUCGAUGAAUCUUCAGGUGCUUUGCCUCCAGUAUUGUCUUGGCAAUUUAACUUCAUUUGGUUUUCAAACAAAGGCACCAGCAUUAAGUAUAUUACGGCUCCAGUGGGUUACUCCAUGGAUGACAAACGAUGACUUGACAAUUCUAACACAUAAUUGUAAUUUAGUUGAGCUUUGUCUCUCUGGUUGCAAACUCCUCGACUCCAGCUCUCAAGAGAUAAUCACGUCUGGGUGGCCAAACUUGACAUGCUUACAUCUUGAGGAAUGCGGUCAGAUAACAGUUGUUGGGAUUUCUUCUAUUUUUAAUUGUAAAGCUUUGGAAGACGUAUUACUUAGGCACACGGGCAGAGGUAUUGGAAGAACCAUCAUAACAGAUGCUAUCAGAGAGUUGCCCCUGCUAAGGCAACUGGCACUAGAUCUCUGCGAUGCUUCUGAGGGAGGCUACGACACCCCAAAAAAUCCAGAGGGGAAGAUGAUGAGGAGCGUGAGGAUGAGCAGAUGCAAGUCAGCAAAAUCGUGUUUCGAUCCUCGCGUGGAUGUGUCGUCCUCCUCGAAGCCGGUGCACAAGGAGACCAUCGUGCUGGAGUGGACCAGCAAGCAGCUCAGAACCACCGUAGUGGAAGAAAGAUUGUAAUGUUUCUAGAGAAAGGCUCUAAUGUCUUGAAGCAACAGUUUAUUUUCGUGCGCAUGUUUUACCAGAAAUUCCCCAGAUAUAGGGGUUCUGAAUAUUGUGUGGAGUGUAUGAUGAUAAGAACAAGGAUCCAGGAAAAUAUAUAAGAGAAAACCGGCAAAAGAAAAACUGAAGUUUUUGGGAUAUGAAAUGUACCGUCUUUCAACAUGACUGACAUGGCUUUACAGACUUA